AAGGGCCUGCCUUUUUGACAAAUAAACAUUGACAUCGUAUUGAAAUUGAACGAAAUCAAUUAAGAAAUCUUGCAUAUUUGAAAAUCGAAACCCCAGUAGAAUACCCAGUCAGAAUUCAACUAAAUUUAUUCUCAUAUUGCAAAAUUCUCUCCCCUUCCCGAAUAGAAAACCCAGUCAGAAUUCAAUUAAAAUUCUUCUUAUAUUGCAAAAUUCUCUCUUCCCUUCAAAUAUCACAACCGCUGUAUAGAUCCUGUCAAGACCGAAAACACAGAGGUCUGUGCUCCACACAGGGAUUCCAACAGAUUGAUGCUAUAUCAUUUCCAAAAAAUUUUAGCAGGGUAUCGUCUGGAUUGAACCCAACUGUUGGAAUCGAACCCUAGAGACAACUUUACUUAUCUAAACCCAAAAUUAUGGCUUCACAUAGGAUGUCAAUGGCUUGUUUUUCGCUCGCAUGGCUAUUUACUGUUUAUCCCGGAUCGGGUGCCGAAGGAUGACAUAGAUUCGGACAUCGUAUUUGAUGGUUGCUUCCCAAUUUUUGAGCGAUCUUAGACUCGCCAGCACAGAAGUCAAACAGGUUGAUUCUGUGAACGAAUUGCAUAGAAGAGGGAAGUGCCCUGUUUCAAGAGGUCUCAAGAUGAAUCAAGAUUUUGAUUCAACAAAUAUUGAUGCACCAAAGUCUCCUAAAUCCCAGAUUCCUAGUCAUAAGCUAUCUAUUGUACCCCUAGUCUUUCUAAUUUUUUAUGAAGUUUCUGGGGGACCUUUUGGUGUUGAGGACUCUGUGAAAGCUGGGGGACCUCUCUUAGCCAUUCUUGGUUUUCUUAUCUUUCCCCUUCUUUGGAGCAUCCCUGAAGCUCUCGUUACUGCUGAAUUGGGUACAAUGUUUCCUGAGAAUGGCGGGUAUGUUGUCUGGAUUUCAGCAGCAUUUGGCCCAUUUUGGGGAUUCCAGCAAGGUUGGUGGAAGUGGUUGAGCGGAGUCAUUGAUAAUGCUCUCUAUCCCGUCUUGUUCUUGGACUACCUUAAAUCUGUGUUUCCAGUGGUUGGCAGUGGGAUUCCUAGAAUUGCAGCUAUAAUAGUAAUAACCCUGGCCUUGACUUACCUGAAUUACAGGGGUCUUACCAUUGUAGGUUGGGCCUCUGUUUGCCUUGGAAUUUUUUCUUUACUUCCGUUCUGCAUGAUGGGCAUUAUUUCCAUACCACAUCUGGAACCUUCGAAAUGGCUAAAGAUUGAUACAAAAAACAUUGACUGGAAUGUUUAUCUGAAUACACUUUUCUGGAAUCUGAAUUAUUGGGACUCGGUAAGUACACUAGCAGGAGAAGUGGAGAAUCCCAAGAGAACCCUUCCUAAGGCGCUAUACUGGGCUGUGUUGCUUGUCGUGGGUACUUAUAUCCUCCCACUUUUAUCAGCUAUUGGAUCUAUAGAUCUUGUUAGAAGCCAAUGGAAUGCAGGCUAUUUUGCAGAUGUUGCCAAGAUUUUAGGUGGGUUCUGGUUGCAAUGGUGGGUGGAAGCAGCUUCUGCUCUUUCAAACAUGGGUAUGUUUGAGGCAGAGAUGAGUAGUGAUUCUUUUCAGCUUCUAGGAAUGGCAGAGAGAGGUAUGUUACCAUCAAUGUUUGCAGUUAGAUCAAAAUAUGGAACUCCUCUAUUGGGCAUUUUGUUUUCUGCGUCAGGUGUUUUGUUGUUAUCAUCUAUGACCUUUCAAGAGAUUGUAGCUGCGGAGAACUAUCUCUACUGCUUCGGAAUGUUUGCAGAGUUUGCAGCAUUUAUGUGGCUAAGAUUUAAAGAACCAAAUAUGUAUCGACCCUACAAGGUGCCCUUCGGAGUGCUUGGGGUGAUUUUGCUUUGCCUUCCACCUUCUCUUUUGUUGAUUUUGGUGGUGGUGAUUGCGUCACGAAAAGUCAUGGUUGUCAGCCUCACUGCUGUCCUGAUUGGAUUUUUACUGUAUCCAUGCCUUGGAUUUGUAAGAAAGGAAAAAUGGGCAAAGUUUGCUACUAAUUCAGAGCUUCCUGAUCUGCAAAUUCAUGAAGAUUUGGUUCCAGAUGAUUCCAGUGAUUCCAGAGAUAUGGAUGCAGAGGUUGGUCUUCUCUCUGCUGAAAAUAAAUCAGUUACAAUCCCUUCGUAGAUAACAUUUUGUGUACAUGCAGGUGCAAAUUGACUCUGCCUUAAGAAUCAGAUAAGAAUGCCAGAGGGCUAAUAGAAUUGCAAAUGGUUCCAAGGCUACAUAACUAAGAGGAGCCACAGCAUCUUAGUGAACCUAAUAUAAUGAUGCUUGUCCUGCAUGAUGUCCAGAAACCAUAUUUCAUAUGUUAAAUACUUUUCUGUUAGAAAUGAACACAGAAAAAGUUGUGAAUCA